AUGGCGGCUGCCAACUCCGUCACUGAAGAACGUAAGGCUGUCUUCAAGGAGACUGCUACCGUCGCUUUUGCCGAUGGAAAGGCUAAGGGUGGCCCCAAGAUCAAGGCGAUAAACGGUGUUUGGGUGGAGCAAUCAUUCCCGGUUGAUCAUUCGUAUAAGGAUCUCAUGGAGAAUGUCUUCAAGGCUACUUUCACUCAAGUUGACUUCAUGUUCAAGGCUGAACAAGUGCGUAGAGAGCUGAAUAAAUGGGCUUCAGAUCAGACUAAUGGUCUCAUCAAGGAUCUUCUUCCUCCAGGAUCCAUUGAUAGUAAAACGGAACAGGUUUAUGGAAACGCAUUGUACUUCAAGGGAGCUUGGAAAGACAAAUUCAGAAAGGUGUUAACCAAAGACAGAGACUUUAACCUUCUCAAUGGCGCCUCAGUGUCUGUGCCGUUCAUGAGAAGCUUCUAUCGCCAAUACGUCGAGGACUAUGAUGGUUUCAAGGUCCUUAAGCUCCCAUUUGAACAAGGCCUUGAUAACAAGCGCAGUUUCUCAAUGUAUUUCUAUCUUCCGGACAAGAAAGAUGGUUUGGACAAUCUUGUUAAGAAAAUGACAUCAACUCGUGGUUUUGUGGAUAAGCACAAUCCGACAUGCCGAGUUAAACUUGGUGAUUUCGCAAUUCCAAAGUUUAAGAUCUCUUUUGGGUUUGAGGCUUCAAGGGCUUUCGAGGGAAGUCUGGUUUCAAAUGCUUUGUACCAUAAAGCUUGCGUCGAGAUCGAUGAAGAAGGCGCUGAAGCUGCUGCUACUACUUUUUGUAUGCGAAUAAGUUAUACUAAAGCUAGCCUUGAUUUUGUGGCUGAUCAUCCCUUUCUUUUCUUGAUUAGAGAAAACAAAACUGGAACCGUUUUGUUUGUUGGUCAAAUCUUCGAUCCUUCAGAAUCUUCUUGA